AUGAACUCCAGCUCGAUUGCCGCUGAUUUGAAGACUCAGGGUGUCCUGGAAGCUGCCCGGGACCCGAAUAGUUCGGUCACUGCGGCAGAUCUGGAGCGGAAGAUGGUGAUUGAGAGCGAGAAAGCUGGAGUCGCGGCCUUCGAAUUUGACCCAGACGCAACACCUGAGCAGAAAGCAGCGCAAGCUAGAGCUCGUGUACCUGACGGAUUCCACCAUGAUCACAAAUCCAAAGGCGUUGCGAUCCCUACAGACAUCGACGAUGGGAAACCUGGCGCCUACGACCUUCCCUCACCCUCUACAGCCGGAGCUAUCGCAGUCAACGGACUAAAAGGUGAAAAUGGCAAGCCUGUAUCCAACGGGAUGAGUGGCCAAUUUAUUGAGGACGACGACAACGAGCGAUGGGUGGAAAGAACAGGCUGGGCGCCACGGUUUGGCAACGGCGCAUCGAGUGAUUCCAUGCAGGAAGAGAGUCUGGCAGACCACCAAACUUGGGUUGAGGCAAGGCUGGAUGAUAAAUUCUUCGGGGACUGGUACCAUAACACGGGGGUGAUCAUAUUCGCGUGUCUUUCCUCUUAUUUCGUGGCAGUAUUAGGAGGCGGGCUUGCAUGGGUGUUUCUGAUCAUGUCCAUCUGUGGGACAUACUACCGCACUUCGCUGCGCCGAGUGCGACGAAACUUCCGCGACGAUGUCCACCGCGAACUCGCUAAAAAUAGGCUGGAGACAGACAGCGAGAGCCUAGAGUGGAUAAACAGCUUUCUGGUGAAGUUCUGGCCCAUCUAUCAACCGGUUCUUGCCGAGACCAUCAUCAACUCCGUAGACCAGGUUCUGAGUACUUCGACGCCAGCUUUCUUAGACAGUCUGCGCAUGAAGACGUUCACCUUGGGAAACAAGCCUCCUCGCAUGGAGCAUGUCAAGACUUAUCCAAAGGCAGAGGAUGAUGUUGUGCUCAUGGACUGGAAAUUUAGUUUCACGCCCAACGAUCAUGCUGACAUGACUUCGCGCCAGAUCAAGAGCAAAGUCAACCCCAAGAUUGUGCUCGAAAUCAGAAUUGGCAAAGCCAUGAUCAGCAAAGGUCUAGAUGUAAUUGUUGAAGAUAUGGCAUUCUCGGGUCUUAUGCGUCUCAAGAUCAAGCUACAGAUCCCGUUUCCUCAUGUCGAGAAGAUUGAGAUGUCAUUUCUAGACAAGCCUACCAUAGACUACGUUUGCAAGCCUAUCGGAGGUGAAAUGCUUGGAUUCGACAUUAACUUCAUUCCCGGUCUGGAAUCAUUCAUUCUGGAUCAAAUUCAUGCCAAUAUUGGUCCGAUGAUGUACGCUCCCAAUGUCUUCCCGAUUGAGGUUGCCAAGAUGCUCUCAGGAUCCGCAGUUGAUCAAGCCAUCGGUGUUAUGGCGGUUACCCUCCACGGUGCGCAAGGUCUCAAGAACCCCGACAAAUUUGCGGGAACUCCUGACCCAUACACGGUCCUGUCUUUCAACAAUGGAGCCCCUCUUGCACAGACGAAGAUAAUCAAAGAGAACGCUAAUCCAAAAUGGAACGAGACAAAAUAUGUUAUUGUUACUUCGUUCACCGAGAGCCUUACACUCCAGUUGUUCGACUACAAUGAGUAUCGAAAGGACAAAGAAUUAGGAACUGCUACGUUCCCCCUCGAGAGGAUACAGGAAGUCAAUGAAUACGAGAACGAACAACUCGAAGUCAUGGCAAAUGGCAAGGCACGUGGUAUGAUAUCUGCGGAUCUUCGUUUCUUCCCUGUGCUCGAAGGGCGUGACCUCCCAGAUGGCAAGAAGGAGCCCCCACCAGAGUCCAACACCGGCAUCGCUCGCAUCACGGUCGAACAAUGCAAGGAACUCGAUGGGUCUAAGAGCCUUCUCGGAGCCCUCAACCCCUACGCGGUAUUGCUGCUCAAUAACAAGGAGAUUCACGUCACCCGCAAGUUGAAGCGAACCAACAAUCCUAUUUGGGACAACGGAUCCAAGGAAGUCCUUAUCACUGAUCGUAAGACUGCCCGGCUUGGACUUGUCAUCAAGGACGAUAGAGAUCUCUCAACAGAUCCUAUCCUCGGCACAUAUCAAAUCAAGCUAAACGAUAUGAUGAAUCUGAUGGAGAAAGGCCAAGAAUGGUACAAUCUUGCGGGUGCCAAGACAGGCCGUGUCAAGUUCACCCUCCAAUGGAAACCUGUGGCCCUGUCCGGCGUUGGCGCUGGGACUGGCGGCUAUGUGACCCCCAUCGGUGUCAUGAGAUUUCACUUCCAGAACGCUCGCGACCUGCGCAAUCUUGAGACUGUGGGGAAAUCGGAUCCGUAUGUUCGGGUUCUGCUUUCUGGUAUUGAGAAGGCUCGUACUGUUACAUUCCAGAACAACCUGAAUCCCGACUUUGAUGAAGUCAUGUACGUUCCCGUGCACAGUACUCGCGAAAAACUCACCUUGGAGGUUAUGGACCAGGAAACCAUAAACAGCGAUCGGACACUGGGCUCAAUCGAGUUGCUAGCCUCCGACUAUAUCUCCCAAGCUGAGAAUGGUGAAUAUCUGGUGAAUGACACCAAGAAGUCUCUGGCCGGCCCACUACGAAUCCACGGAAAGGGCUCCGCCAGGGGUACUCUCAACUAUACUGUGUCUUUCUUCCCUUGUUUGAAUGUCGCAGAUCCAGAGGACGAAGAAGAGGCGGCUGCUCGGAAGAAGUCUGCCGAAGAACCCAGAAGUCCCUCAUUGAUCGGGAGCCCUAUAGAUGCAGUCACUGCUGCAAACCGCACACUUGAGAACGGGAAAAUCGAUACCACGCUUGCGAGUACUCUUGCAGAGGGCGAGAAGGAGCAGACAGAGGUCGAAGAGGUAAACAAGUUGCCUAAGAUUCACCUUACUCCCCAGGAGCUGGUACAGUACGAAUCCGGGCUCAUCAUCUUCAAAAUCAUGGAUGUCGACCUCACACGUAAUAACACACACGUGGAUGUUUUGAUGGACGACAUGGCCUUUCCCUCUUACUCCUCCUCCAUAAUCAAGUCGAAGAAAGUCACGAUUGACGAAAUCGGAGACUGCUUCGUUCGAGAACUCGACUUUUCUAAGAUCACUCUUCGCAUCCGCGAAAAGGGCGAGGUUAAAGGAGAUGCGAAGAAGGAUUCGGAAGACAUAAUCGCGAAAUUGACUGGUAACACCCUGGAUACGCUCAAGCAGUGCCUCAACAACCCCACAGUGCUCAAGCUGAAGGACAACCAAGGCCAGUUUUGCAGCAUUAAGGUCAGCCUGAAAUACAUACCCGUCAAGAUGCAGCUUGACCCAAGUGAGAGUAUGAACAACAUGGGUAAGCUUCGAGUGGACGUUCUCGAUGCCUCCAAUCUUCCCUCAGCAGACAGAAACGGAUACAGCGAUCCAUAUUGUUUGUUCGAGCUCAACGGGAAGGAUGUCUUCAAGACCAAAGUUCAGAAAAAGACUCUCCAACCUGCUUGGAAUGAGUUUUUCGAGGUGGACAUUGUCUCACGGACUGCUGCCAAAUUUACAUGCAGGGUUUUCGAUUGGGACUUCGCAGAUAAGGCCGAUCUUUUGGGCAAUGCAGAUAUCAAUCUUGACUUGCUCGAUCCCUUCAAGGCGCAUGAGUACAACCUUGACUUGGAUGGGAAGUCCGGAUCCGUCAGAUUGCGCUUGCUUUUCAGACCAGACUAUGUAACUCGGUCCCGUCAAGGAUCGUCCACUUUCUCUGGCACGUUUGCGACGCCAGGUAAGAUUGUGACGGGUGUUGCCGGUGCUCCCAUCAAGGGUGUUGGCUUUGCUGCUGCAGGUGUUGGCAAAGGUGCAUCUUUCAUUCGUCAUGGAUUCAAGAGCAAGAAGAAGGAUGAGGAUGCGAAUGGAGCCGGUGCCGCUGAAAUGGAAGCAGAAGACUCCAAGUUCGCCAACGGAAGAAUCUUCGGGAGACGCGCAAGCAAUUUGCCGCCGCCCAGCAUUGCUGAUAACCCAGUCACGCCACCAGGUACCGCCCUCAGUCCAUCAGGACACGUCCGCACGAGGAGUUUUGGCGCCUCCUCGGUGCACAGCACAAUUCAAGGAGGCUCUAGUGCUCCCCCUGGGAUUGCCAGCUUCACCAUCCUGUCAGCUUCAGGCUACCCCCCCUCUUCCAAUGUCAUGGUGUAUAUGAAGCAACUCGGCACGAAGCCGAAGACUAUUCACAAGACCGAACACAUCAAAUCCCCCUCUGGGACGGUAACCUUCAAUGAAAAGAAGGAGAGUUUCAAGUGCUCUUGCGCUGCAGACACGCAAUUCCAAAUCCAAGUGAAGGGUCGCAACACCUUCGGCAGCGACGACGAUCUCGGAGAAGGCCUCUUCUUCGUUGACGAGACUGGGGCUGGGUUGGAAAAGUCUGUCAGGGCAGGAAGCGGCAUUGUUGUCCUGAAGAGCAAUUUUGUGCUCAAUCCUGUGACUGAGAAUGGCGAUAGUCCCAGAGCGAGUAGCGGAGGUGGGCUUCGGAAGAAUUUCCUGGGCAAACCUGGGAGGGGCAGUAGGGAGGCUACCCCCUCCUGA